CUAGCGUAGCUUCGCACUUCGCGUCUUUCUUUUUAUUUCGUAGGUUUCAGUUUGUCGCAGGAUUUCCCCUCUGCUUUCCUUACUUGUUUCCUCCGCGCUCCGUUAGUUGUCUUUCACGGUUUUAGCCCACCUAUACUGUCUGGUCGGGUAUAGCUACAGCCCCAUGCAGUCGUGUGUGACGUUUCUUUGGUUUUUGCCUCCCCUACCGUGCUCGGGUUGAUCUCUUGGGAGAUUACGCUGGUCGGAGUUCACCCCCAAGUGGCCAUACUUCAAUCAUUCCCAAGUGGCUUGUUUGAUGCUCGGAGAGUACAGCCGAAGCUAGCAGGUUUUGAAGCCGCUCGUUGUACACAGCAGCCGGCGAGUGUUGGAGACGCUUGUGAAGUCUGGGACAACACCCACCGUGCGACUAGCGAGGCUUUUGCGUGCCUUUCUGAUUCCGUGUUUGCUGCACUGCACAAGCAGUCUGCACUCCACAGAGCUUGCUGUGCACCCUGGCAGAUUCUGAUUGCCUCACGUGAAGCUAGAGUUUCUUGCGUUUGUGGCACAGUAGGAUUUGAAAAUCGCAGAGAAGGGAAGCUGCUGCUGGACGGCGAGGCAACCAGCUCUCUAGAACCACUUGUUUGUGAGGAGAACAGAAGCAAAGAGAACCAUGUCUGUACGACAAGCAGAGCUGGUCACUGCUCUGUAUGAUUAUUCGGGUGCGGAUCAGGCCCAAGGCCUUCCACUGGCUGCCGGCUGCAUUGUAGUAGUGUUGGAGAGACUGGAUGCUGGAUGGUGUCGUGGCGAGUACAACAGUCGCCAGGGCUGGUUUCCAGCCAGCUAUGUCCAGCCGGCGCAGACAAAUGGCUGGGUGGCGUUCAUUACCGAAGAGGGUCGCGUCUAUUACCAAUCACCAGUGGGAACAUCGUACUGGACGAUACCUGAAGGUGGCUUCGUACCCGUCUCCAGCUCCGUCUCCGUCACAUCCAAUGACAGCAUGACAGUGCCAGAUGGUCCUCGCCGUGACUCUGCCAUCAGUGCGGGUGCGGGAUCUCGCCGCGGAACGCUAACACAAACCGGCACAUCAAAGGGAAAUCUCCUCGGUGGUAGUGGAGGUGGUGGCAAAGCCAGCAAGGGAACACAAUCGAUCAGCUGCCUGACAUAUCCGGACACCGAAGCAGAAAUUGCUGAUCAACAGAGUCUAGCGGGUUCCUCGUACAGCUAUGUCGACCAUUUCUGGAGUGACAAGGGUGAGCAGAGCGGUCUCGACGUCAUGGUGGGCAAGAACACACGCGGCAAGACGGCCAUCAAGGAGAUGUCAGAGUUCAUGCGUGAACGUGCCGCAAUCGAAGACCAGUACUCCAAAGCACUGGCCAAGCUAGCAAGGACACAGUAUGGAGACUGUGAAGAGGGUACAUUGCGUGAAACCUGGAGAGAGAUCCGCAGUGGAGUCCAAGCGACGUCAGCCUCCCAUGCAUCUCUCGCUACCAAGCUGCUCAAUGAUGUGGAGCGGCCCAUGUCACAGUACCUUGAAACGAAUAAGAAGAACACGAAAAAGCACGAACAGAAGAUCACCGACGACAGAAAGGCCGUACGGAAAGAGUUCGAACAAGUCGAGCGGAGUCGAAUGGCGUAUGACAAAGUCGACGCGCGUAAGGAUCGUCGUCGCUACCAGGCAGCUGUCGAGGAUCUCAAGCAGCAGAUUGAUCGUUACAACAGCAGCCAGUACAAGUGGGUCGAAGACAUGAUUGCCGUCGCCGGAGACAUGGAGCAAUAUGAGAAUGAGCGUCACAAGUUUGUACGGGACAUGGUCACCGACUACACCAAGAUGUUGAGAGUCUUGAUCAGUGAACACGAAACGACAACACUAAGCCAGGAGCGCAUGCAGGACAAGUGUGAUGCCACGGCGGAUCAGCGUGCCUGGGUAACUAGCAACGAGACUGGACGAGUGCGCCCCGUCGACAUGAAGUAGAAAUGCUGCUGCCAGCCAGGCAACAUCAUCAUAGUUUCACAUACUAGUAUGUUCCGAUCGGUUGUGCAGUUGUGGAUGUGUACGUCCAGUCCAGUGCCCUGCGGCCGUGGCUGUGUCGUUGUACCAGCUGCGUUGACAGUGGCAACUAGGAGUUGUGUGUUGACAGUCCGGCUGCACUUGCCAAUACUUUUACUGGUUUUAGUAACUCUAGUGACCUGACCCAGCGUCCAAGCAUCUGCAGCGCCACCUCAACUGCACUCGUGGCCCGCAGGGAACUGAUUCGGCACAGCCACAGUCGUGUCUCGUUCCGUCCACUGAUGAUCGUGUGCGCGUGAGGCUUGCAAUCCAGCUAUACAAAUACCCUUCACCCUCCUCAAUGUCACCCCCACCUACGUCUGUGCACGCGCCAGUGACACAUAUGUUAUGCUUGGAUGAGAGAGAGAGUUUUUUUGCUGUGGUCCUGUUGGAUGCGUCCAGUAGGUCUUAAGCAAUGCAUUCUUUGGCUUUGUGUCUUGUGGAGGAAGCAUAGUUUGAGAAUAUAGCAGUCCCCCUUUGUUUGUUUGUUUUUUGUUGUUGUUUUUGUUGUUGUUGUUGUUGUUGUUGUUGUGUCAGAGUCCAUCCUGCUGUCCCCCGUCCCUGGUCCACUUUAUUAAUUUUUUGUACUGACUCGCUUGUUACUGCUAUGUUAUUUUGCUUUCCUAGUGAUCUUGAUGGAAAUGAUGGGACAUCCUAGACUGGAGCCCGUGCCCCUCCAAAUAUUGUUUAGCUUUCAAUCAAUUUUUUCACCGAAGUCGAAGAGUCUCGAGCGCAGUAUCACCUCAACCCAUCCAUCAACAGAGUUUUGGCCCCCUCCCCAAGGUUUUCAAUACCGAUGAAUCUAUCUCCUCGCCAACUUUACGUCCUGUUUUAAAACGUACAUUUAGAGCAGUAAAUAAUUCUGACUUCGAGUGCACAAUAAUUAUGACUUUUUGGAAAGAAUUA